GCUCCCGCCAAUUGCACCGCCACAACCAUGGCAGACCCUACCGAGCCCAACCCAGUCGUCUUCUUCGACAUCACCCUGGGAGGCGAGAAGCUGGGCAGGAUCAAGAUGGAGCUAUUCAAAAAUGUCGUUCCAAAGACUGCCGAGAAUUUCCGCCAGUUCUGCACUGGCGAAACCAAGAACAAUCGCGGACAGCCCCAGGGCUACAAGGGCUGCAAGUUUCAUCGUGUCAUCAAAGGCUUCAUGAUCCAAGGCGGAGACUUCAUCAAUGGCAACGGCACAGGCUCAAGGACCAUUUACGGCACUGAGAAAUUUGCCGAUGAGAACUUUACCCUACAGCACGACAAGCCCGGUCUGCUGUCAAUGGCAAACAGUGGGCCCAAUACCAAUGGCUGCCAGUUCUUCAUCAUCACCGCUAAGAACGGUACUCCUCAUCUGAAUGGAAAGCACGUAGUGUUCGGCAAUGUGGUAGAGGGUAUGGAUGUAGUGACCAAGAUUGAGAAUACGCGGACCCUCGCAAACCCAGAGGGGAAGCCUGUGCAGGACAUUGUCAUUGCCCAGUGCGGUGAAAUUAUUAGUGGCUCAGCACACGCCAAGUAUACACGCGCUGGAUACACUGUCUUCUGCUCCAAUGUGAAAGCUUGUGCCAGUCGCUUUGUAGUCGCCAUGGUCUCACUUGCCUCGAAUCCCCGCUCGCCGCUCGUCGUCACUCCAGGCACGGGUGGCAGCCUCAAACGCAAACAAUUCGACCACUCAUCCGACGCCGAGAGCACAAUCCCAGGCCAGCUGAAAAAGCGCAGAGUCACCUUCCACCCCGAAGUCGAUGUGCACGUACUGCGCGAGUACAAUGAGAAGAGCGCAGAGCUGGUGGGGGAGGAGGUGCGUCGAGCCAUGGAGAAGCACGCCACAGGCGACAAGGCAGCAUACGAUGGACUCCGAGCCCUCUUCAGGGAAGCACCCACUUCAGCCAACGCGCCCUCCUCGCAACUCCUCCAAAAGUACCUUGUUGCCCUCACUGGCCACACGCCGCAGCUUGACCACAAUUGCAAAGGCCUAGUCCAUGCCGUCAUCGACUGCAGUUGGGUCGCCCGCAAUGAAGACUUUGUGCGCUCUUAUCGCAAUUUCCUGCGCUCCUUGCUCUCAGUACAGUCUGGCUACGUGUCUACUGUGCUGCAGAUGCUUGUCGACAUGUUCCUUGACCUGCCGUCAGUAAACGCUAGACAACACGACGACCCCCCAAUUCAGCGAGUUCGCCUCCUGGCACGCGUCCACGAAACUCUGGUCUUGAUACUUCGAUAUACCCCCAUGGUCAGCUCCUACCUGGCUCCCAUUAUUGCCAGCACAUUUCCCUUUUCCAAUGAGAGUGCCAAGAAGCACGCUGAGUAUAUCCGGAACAUCUACCAAGUCACCGAAUACGCGCCAGAGAUCCGAGGCGAGGUCCUCACGCUAGUGACAGACAAGCUAUGCAAGAUCGACGCGCAGAUGCAGAUGGACAUGGAGGAUAUCGAUGACGAUUUAGAGGAGCGGCUUGUGGGCGACGCCAUCCACAACGAAGAAGAUGACGACGACAUGAGUGACGACGGCUCUGUCUCGAGUCACGAAAGUCUCGAGCCAGAAGAGCAGCGACUCAAGGACAUCAAGGACACCAUGCUUAAGCUUGAUACCGUCAUGGACGUUCAGUUUGCCUACUAUGACUCCAUUUUCGAAAAGGGCGACCUUUUGGAGAUGGACCGCACCUACCAGUCUCUCAUUGCACAGUUCCAAUCCAUCAUCAUUCCGACAUACCGAUCGCGGCACACCCAGUUCAUCCUCUUCCACUUUAGCCAGUUGUCGACGGAUUUCAUGGAGCGCUUUGUGGAUACCUGUUCACAUCUAGCCAUUGACUCAAACCGGCCUCCACUACUCCGAGCAUCAGCAUGCGCCUACCUUGCCUCGUACAUUGCCCGCGGCGCCCAUGUUCCUGGGUUUGUUGUGCGCAACGUCUUUGACCUCUUGUGCUCGCAACUCGAGCGUUUGCGUAUGCUGCACGAGCCAAAAUGUACAGGACCUGACCUACGGCGUUAUGGCACAUACUAUGCCAUUGCUCAAGCACUGCUUUACGCCUUUUGCUUCCGAUGGCGUGACCUCAUUGUCACACCCGACGGCUCACUACCGACCGACGCCGACAUCAUGUAUCAUGAGGGAGACUUUGAGUGGCAUCGGUCGACACUUGAAAUUGUUCGCCGCAACAUCUUCUGCAAGCUCAAUCCGCUCAGGAUAUGCGCACCCGACAUUGUCAAGCAGUUUGGCCGCAUCGCCAAGCACCUCCGCUUCACCUAUGUCGAUACACUAGUGGAGACGAAUAAGCGUGUACGGCUUGCCCGCAGUCUUGCCAGCAGCUAUCUCACUGGCAUAGGCGGCCGAGAGACAGCCCUGACGGGUAAGAAGGGCGAGGAAGCGUUUUUGAUGGAUGCGUACUUUCCAUUUGAUCCAUAUGUUCUGCCACGCAGUAAACGAUGGGUUGAGCAUGAUUACGUACAAUGGCGACCGGUUCCUGGUAUGCCUGUGGAAAAGGACGAAGAUGACGAAGAUGAAGAUGAGGAGGAGGAUGACGACGACGAUGACGAGGAAGAUGAAGAAGGCGAUGACGAAGAUGACAGCACCUCUGAUCAAGAUGAAGAGGAGGAAGACGACGAUAGCGAUGACGAAGUGGGGGGAGCACACGCUGAUGACCCUGAUGACGACAGUACAGAGGCAAGCGUUUGAAUUGCAUUGUAAUUUUUGUGAUGCGUUACCUAAAGGCAAUUGUUUUUUUGGCGUUUACGGAAAGGGGGGUGGGAACAAACAUCUGGGCGCGGCAUUGCUCGGCGCUGGUCCUAAAAACCUCGUGUAUGUGGGUGGUUGUCUUCCUUCUUUUACUAGCCACGAUUUACAUCCGACUUCUCUCUCUCAUGCGCCGUAUGGAUGGAGUAUUUUCUUCCUUCUCUUUUACUUGUAGAUAAUUGAGGUGGAUUGUUAUGAAGGAAACACUGGGAUUAGUCAAGUGGCAACCGUCAGCUUCCAUCCGUACGCCAUAAUCACGUAUUUGGAAAAAAAUCAAAUCACACAA